GAGUUGAUCAACCAGGGCCGUCAGAAGGUGAUGGAGGCCUGCGCGCUCUCAAAUUCCUCCCCAGAGAAUCUCUAGAGGACACCAUCGGGAGAGUGUGGAAGGAGAACCCAGCCCUAACCGAGUCCCAGGUCCAGGCCAUGGCUCUGGGGAGACAGGCCAGUGUAGAGAUGGAGCUCAAACGAAGAGAAGCUGUCUACAGAGACGUCCUCAAUAAGCAACAGACUCUAAUGAUGUACGUUCAGAAGGUGAUCACCAACAGGAAGGUGAGAGAGCAGCAGAUGGCCAUGGCCAACCAGGCCCAGCUGAUGAGCCAGAUGAACGGCAUGCUGGGAGCUGGAGGGAUGAGCCAGAUGGAACUCUUGGGGUUGUACCAACAGCUGGGGGCGCUACAGGGUCAUCCCACCCACCCUUCCAUGGGCGGCAAGAACCCCGGCCCCUCCAAGGGCAACCUGUAAGGGGAGGGGGACCACAGGGCUUGCUCCACAUAGUCCCCUAUCUAUUCUCUACAUAGUGCACUAUCCACUUCAUAUUGGCUCUGGUCAAAAGUAGUGCACUAUUUAGGCAAUAGGGUAUCAUUUGGGACUCAGACCCACUCACUGCCCCCUCACUGUCUCACUCAGUAGGCUGCUCCCUAAUGCUGCUCUGUCUCCUACGUAGUGCACUAGAUGGAGCCCGGAGCCCUAGGGUUUUGGUUAGAAGUAGUGCACUAUGUAGGGGAUAGGGGUGGGAUCUGGGCCGUUGCCCGCUGUCUUUACAACCCUCCUUCACUGGGGAGGUGAGAGACGACACAGAGAGAAGGGUCUCGGAGCCCCUCACCGCUCCCCUCCAGCUCUCCUGAAGCAGGAAAUGACAUGACUUGUAUAGGGGACUAUAUGAAGGCGUUUUAGAAAUGUCAUUUGAGAUUCUGUACAUACCGCCUAAAUGUUAUUCAACUUCUCUUCUGUCUUCAGUUUUCAUGUAUUUAAAAUAGCGUAAGGAAAGGGAAAUGUUUUUGUCCCAAUGCUUUUACGUUAUUCUUUCCCCUUAAAGAAGGGGGUUGUUUAAUGAAUUGAUUAUUCUGUAUGUUGUGUUUUGAUACCGUUUUAAUGAAUGCCUGUCUAUCUAACCAACCCCCAGAGUGGGACCACCGUGCUGACAGGACUGUUUUAGGAUAUUAAACAUCUAGAUUAUUAGAUCCCCUAUAGAACCCUCCCUCUACCAGAGACACACGCAGGCA